GCUGCACUUCCCUUAAUACCCACAGGCACAGCCUCCUUUGCCGCGGCUGCUGCUGCCUCGCCUGCAGCUAACACCUCUGCCUGUGCUGCUUUCCCUUGCAAGCAUUUUCUUACCACUCGAGGCAGCUGGGUCUCUGCCUCUCCCUCCUUUAAAAGAAAAGAAAAAAACCUCCAAAAAGUUCUCUAAAUCUACCUCUUGUGCAAGGUGGACGUGUGAUCACAGGUACCAAGGAAGCAGAUUUCCGCUCUGCCCCAGAGGGUUCCAAGGCAUUCCAGAGAUGAUGGCUACAGAAGAUGGCAGGAAUGUGAACAGCCUCAAGGAAGUGUGGAGCAGAGAAGAGAAUGCCUUGUGUGCAGAUUGCGGGGAACCCGACCCUGACUGGGCCUCCUAUACUUUGGGCGUCUUCCUCUGCUUAAACUGCUCAGGGAUUCAUCGCAACAUCUCUGACAUCAGCAAAGUCAAGUCACUAAGGAUGGACCACUGGGAUGAAGGUCAGGUGCAGUUUUUGAUGCAGCAUGGGAAUGCAGUGGCCAAGGCAACGUAUGAGGCCCAUGUUCCUAUGUACUAUUACCGCCCAGUCCACACUGAUUGCCAAGUCCUGAGAGAGCAGUGGGUACGAGCCAAAUACGAACGGAAAGAAUUCACGGAGCCAGGAAAACAUCCACCAUAUUCCAAUGGAUUGAAGGAAGGGAUUCUGUGGAAGCGAGGCAGAGACAACGGGCAGUAUCUUCCGCGCAGGUUUCUGCUGUCCGAGAGAGAGGGCUGUCUCAAGUAUUUUGUCAAACAGGAUGCCAAAGAACCAAAAGUAGUUGUUAAAAUUGACACUAUCAAUGCCACGUUCCAGCCAGAGAAGACAGGGAACCCAAAUGGCCUGCAGAUCACCUACCUGAAAGAGAACAAGACUCGCAACAUCUUCCUUUAUCAUCAGGAUGGGAAGGAAAUUGUGGACUGGUUCAAUGCAAUCCGCGCAGUACAAUUCCACUAUUUGAAGGUGGCCUUUCCUGUUGCCAGUGAUCAAGAGCUCAAAAGCCGGCUGACUCGGAAUUUCCUGAAAGAAGGCUACAUGGAAAAGACUGGGCCCAGGCAAAAGGAGUCUUUCAAGAAGCGCUGGUUCACUCUGGACCACCGAAGGCUGAUGUACUUCAAGGAUCCUAUGGAUGCUUUUGCGAAAGGUGAAGUGUUCAUAGGUAGUGAUGGGCAUGGAUAUGGUGUCCGGCAAGGGCUGCCAACCGGCACGCAGGGCACCUUCACCUGGCCGUACGGCAUCACCAUUAUCACACCUGACCGGGAGUACCUCUUCACCUGUGAGACUGAGAGGGAGCAGCAAGAGUGGAUUGCAGCCUUCAGGCACGUUAUAGAGCAGCCCAUGACACCCCAGGAAUAUGCAAUUGAAGCUUAUUUCAAGCUGAAGCCCUAACAUCUUUGAAGGAGAGAGACUUGCUGCUUUUCUACUUUCUCAAAGAAGCUGCUAUGCUAUAUUCCAGUGCCUCGUGGUUGGGAUCCAUUUGGACAGCAGAGCUUUCUGCCAUUUUGAUCAGCAACGGAUCCAGAUGGAAAGCGCAGGAGCUGACCAACCGAGGCAUUAUUUGUCCUGUCCCACCAUAGGCCUGGCAGACUUGCUUUCUGUUGGUCACACUAUAUUUGGGGGCCCUCCUCCGUGGCUUACUACUGCUUGCUGCUGAUUGGCUGCUGUCUAUUCAAGGCUUCAACAGGAAGAUAGAAAACAACCACUCAUCAAAACAGCUGUGUGUAUAUGUACCAAACUGAUGAGUAUUUUAUUUUGCUCCUGUUUCUGCUGCUUCCCCGUGUCUCUUACUCUCUGAUUAUUCUGAUGUCCUGGCUGCCAGGUUUCCCCACUUUGCUAUCUAUUCAAAACCAUGAUAAACCUGCUAUCUUUCUCUUGACUUCAAGUUCCUGGCAGCCUGCAGCAGUGCUUGUCUUUUGAGUUCAUAUUGUUGCCUCCAGUAGAAAAACGAGGGCUGUCCUGAGUGCUGAGGCUGUUCUGGGUGGUCCAGUCAUGCAUGCCACUCCGCUGCCUGUAACUUCUGUGUUUUCUAUUCAAAUGUAAUGAAAUUUCUACUUAUUUCCCCAAAGCAUCGGACCAGCCAAAUAAUUUCAGGAAGAUUGGUCAAAGGGUAUCAGUUUUAUAAGGCAUUGAAAAUAUCAUUGCAUAUCCUCCAAGGUACUCCUAAUUUUUGAUGGAGAACCAACCACCUAUUCCUCUGCUUGUAACUUGGCAUGAUAAUUUUGGUGUGCCUUUUUAAUAGACCCCAUUUUAUACCUGACAGAUGCAUUGAUCUCUCUGCCUCUUGUCCUCUCCACAUCAACUUUCUGUGACCUGUAUAGGCUGCUCCAGACUGUUUCUGUUUCUUCAUCUCAGCGGAAAUGAGUGAAAAAUAAUCAAAUGAAAGAUGUUUUUGUUGUUGUUCAGAACUCUUCAAUUUGAAUUCACAUAUGUUAUCCUAACUAACACAAAUGAAACUAA